AAGCCUGAAAAGAGUUGCCAUUAAAUCAGAAUUGACUUGACAGCACACUAUUAUGGUAUCCGCAAAGAUUCCUGACUGUACAAUGACCUUUUUGAGACAGGGGAGUUAAAACAGUACAUAAUGUAAAUAACUGCACUGUAUGUGGUUUUUUUCUUUAUAAAUGAAGGCGUUAUUAUAUUUUUAGUUUUACGUGUAAAUUGAAAUUAAAUGUGAAACUCCAAAUAAUCAUUAUGUCUUUAUUUAGUCACUUGCUAAUGGUCUCUAGCAUUAAAUUUACCUUUCUUCAACUCUUAUUUAACCAUCCAGAUGCAAAAGACAAGUCUCUUUCCCCAUCUCUGUCAAGAAGCAGUUCACAUCUGAAUAUAUGCCUGCGAUUAGACUGUGCUACUGUGUGCAUCCUGUUUGCUUGAAGUAAAAUCAAGUUAUUGAGAAGAAAGUGUAUUUAAAGACAGAAGCUGUGUGGCAAAGUUCCAUCCUGAUUUACUCAAAAGAGGAAAGAUGGACUUCAUAACUACUGAAUCCUUUAUAAGCCCUUUAAAAGGAUUUCUGACAUUGCCCCCAGCAACUCAAGAAAAGAAAAUUGGCCCUAUAUAUUGCAAAUUAGAUGAUAAACCACGUUUGUAUGUUAUUGGAAGCAUGCAAAAAGUGAAUCAAAAGAUCACUCAUUUAGAACUGGGACUGAAAAGAUAUGACAGUAGUGAUGUGGUGAUUGAGGAUGUGGGAGUGAAAAGACCUCCAGUGCGAAAGAGUUCCAGAAAAGGGAGACAGGCAACCGGGGCAAAAGAGAAGAUGACGCAGAAAUCUGGAAGUCAUGCUGCAGAAUUUGAAACUUUAUCAACUCAUGGCAAGAUAGCUCAUAAAAAGAGUGUAACAGAAAAGGAUAAACUUGUGGAAUUGUAUCAGUACCCAGGAUACUGUAAGGAAGAACUGACGCCAUUGCCAAAUGGAGUGGACCUAGAUGAAAUUUUGGAGAAGGUGAUCCAUGCCCAGAGUAAAACAUCAGUUGGAAAGACCAGCUGGUCAGUGAAGAUGCUGCACAAAUUUCUCAGUGCUCCGUGCACCCAAGCGAUUUUGCUGGACAGUUUUUGGUGGCAGUUUCUACACUUGUAUCAUCCAAAUCGAGAGAUUCAGGGUCAUUUAUUUGAGCGCAUUGCAGAAAAUUAUUCCCGGAUUCUACUGGGCUGCCACAAAGUUUCUAACCAGGACCUCAUCUUGACAUUUUUCCCAUCACUGCUGAGUCAAGUUGUCUACACCUGUUUCUGCUACUGUUUCCCGAGAUCUUGGUUCAAUACAAGUGAAUUUAAGGCCCACCUCUGUGAUGUAUUCUCUGAGUGGCUGGGAGGCACACUGCAUGCACCAGGGAGUUAUGACAAGUGGGAUUACUCACAACUGGAACCAGAGCGCUCCAGGAGAGAAGAUUUGCUGUCAGGAAAGGGACAAUUAGGCAAUGACUCUGAUGUUACCUUUGGUAGCUACAAGUUACCUACUACUGUGAGGAAGCCCCCCUCACGACCUCAAAAGAAAGGCCCAUCUUCAAGAAAAGCUGUGAGCAAGUUAAAGAACACUAUUUCUGAGAAGAAACUUCAACAGCAGCUUUCCAAAAAAGAAAAGCACCCCCAUUUUCAUUCUCGGCCUGUGGUGCUUAAGGAAGAUGGAGGAAAGGCUCAAAAAGAUGAGGGAAAUGAUUCAUGGAAUAAACACCAAAGUUCACCAAAAAAGAAGCUAAAGAUUGCUUUGCUUCCUCGAGAGUCACACCCAGCCUGUUCUGGUCCUGACUUUGCCUGGCACCACUUGAAUAUUAGUGGACACAGCCCACUAAUUCAGCACUUCCUCCAGAAACGGCAGGCUGUACCAAAAGCAGGAUGUGAUGUCUUUUUACACAGAAGAGAGAUCUGCAAGCCAAUACCGGAUUCUGCCCAGACAUAUGCAGAGGUGGUCAAGGAUAGUUUUCAUAUCCUUCACAAGAGGCACAAAGCCUUCACAAAGACUUUUCAGAAACACCAGAGAGAAAUGAGGAAUUUUGACCAACAGUGGAAGGAUAACCAGGAACUUUUCAGACAAGAGAUGCAAGAAGAGAUGAAGAGAAGACAGGGCCAAAAGCAGAAAGAGCUGCUUACUACUGUACCAGAUGUCCCGAAUAGUUCCGACAAGAUUUCAAGCCCAAUAGUCUCAUUUCUGCUGCCUUAAUUAAUUUCUGAUUGGUGGUUUAUGUCUCUUUUUGAAUUGAAUGAGAAGUACAAACUAGGUGUAUUUAUUGUCACCUCUUAUAAAUAUAAUUCUAGUCUGUUUUAUAUAAUAUUUAAAGGAAAUCAAUUUUGAUUUGUACAUAUGAAUACAUGAUUGAUUGGAAACGGUUGUAUACAAGGGACAACAUAAGCUAAUGCUCUGAGAAUAACAUUGUAUGAUGUGCAGUUUCCCUUAUUUGGUAUAAAAGAAAAUUUGUUGAUGACAUUUUGAGACAUUAGUGACAAACUAGUGUUCCUUGAUUUAAAAAAUGUAAAUCUGAAAAUGUAAGUUUCCACAUUUUCAGUGCCUCAUAUUGCCAAUACUUCAGGAAAUGAUGUAUUUUAUCUUUUCAUUUUUCGUAAAGACAGCUUAUUUGUAUUGUGAUGUAGUCUUGAAGAUACACAUGAUGCAUCAUGUACAGUAAUGGUACAAGGCUGAAUAUGUUUUUGUUUUUGGUGGGUUUUUUGCAAAAUUGUUUUGCUGGUUUAUCCAAACACUCUUGAGAUAUCAGUGCAUAAUACUGUAUAUAUCUUAAUAAGAGAAGUAUAAAGUAAAAAGAAACAUAAUUUUCAUCUACAAAUUAGAUUGGCAAACACUGUUGAGCUCUGAAAUUCAAGUUCAGUCUAUUAAUCUGCUAACACAUAUGUAAUCUCCAAGGUUACAUUUAACAAUUUGCUGCUUUUACACAAACCAUUGACAUGCUCUUUUCUUAUAUCCACGAAGUAAAUCUCUGCAGGCUUUGAAAUUCAAAGUUUAUGGAUUGCUUUUUUACAAAAAAAAACCCUUCCCAUUUACAAAUCAUAAUUGUUUGCAAUCAAAUCAUGUUGACAGAGAUGGGUUUCAGUGGUGCAGUUCUUUGUACCAACUGUGACUUUACUGGCAGUUUAAACCUACAAAUGUUUUCUAUUUUUUUGUUGUUUUUUGUCUUUUGCCAUGUGGGAAAAUUUUUUAAAGAAC